AUAAACUUGUUUCAGCACUCUGCGGAGGCGAAUCCCAAAAUUCUUCGGCUUCUGUGCAUCAACUUGCUUUACGUGGACGAAAACAACAUGCUAUCCUUUCAGACCCUUUCGCAACAUGGUUCGCUCUACUCUAUACAUGCCUCCAGACCUUCUUCCCCGCGGGAGCGUUCAUCCGCUGACCUUCGCGCUCACGACACCAUGGCAUGUCUUACACCACAAACUUCGUGUAGAAAGACGUUUGAAAAUGUCGGACACAGAUCACAGUGCUGCUGACAGCAGUGAAGACGAGGAUUAUGUACCAGAACAGAAUAGUGAUGAAGAGUGUAGUGGAGAUGAAGAUAAUAAAAAGAACAGAGUGAGAAAGGGUGCUAACAAAACAUCAGGACAACAUGGUGAUAGUGAGUCAGAUGAUAAUGAUGACAAUGUUGAUGAAGACAAAGAACAAGAAAUUUUGGCUAAACAACAGCAAGAAGAUGCUGCCAAGAAAGGGAAACAGGAAGAUAUGUGGGCUGCUUUCAAAAGGGAUACUGGAAUGUUACCAUCAAAAUCUUCAAAGCCAUCUGGCAGCUCAGAUGAAAAAGUGUCUAUCACAAGAACAUACGACUUUGCUGGUGAAGCUGUAGUUGUCACCAAGACUGUAGAUGCCAAUUCUGCUGAAGCAAAAAAUAUCAAGAAAGAAGAAGUCAAGAAAACAGAAGUGAAACCUGCUGUUAAAGAUUUGGGCUCUUUAGGAUUUAAAAGAAAAGGAGGUCUUAGCAGUGUUUUAGGUCAAAUCUCAAAGAAGCCAAAAAUGAGUACUCUGGAAAAAUCAAAGCUGGAUUGGGAAUCAUUUAAAGAUCAUGAAGGAAUUCACCAAGAGCUUCAGAAUUAUAACAAAGACGGGUAUUUAGAGAAGCAAGCAUUUCUUCAAAGAACUGAUGAAAGGCAGUUUGAAAGAGAGAGAGAUAUGAGACAAGGAAAGAGAAAAAUGUGAUCACCACCGUAGCCAUAUAUAUACUGUGGAACAUGUCAAGAAUUAUUGAAUUUAAAAAAGUAGUGUUGUCUCCCAACAAAACACAGAGGGAGCUUUGCCAGCCAUGGCCAGGUAAAGGAGUUAACAAGUUUUUCAUGGAGAGAGAAAAGGCACAGAAAGUUGGUGAUCAAAAACUUUAUCAUAGCUUGUUUCUUGCUUUGUAAAACUGUAACAUAAGCACUUCAAAUUCAGUGAAUGAACCUGUACCACCAUUUUCUCCCUGUUCUAAAGAAAUUAAUGGAACACAAAACAUCUAUGUGUGUGCUGAUUUCAGGCACCAUACAUUGGCAAACUUUUUAAAGAACUUUCAGUAGUUUGUCUGUGCUAUUUUAUGGCAAUUUUGCAUUGCCUAUGACAUACAGUGACACACUUUUAUUUCUAGCACUUGACAGAAACCAUCAUUUUUUUUAGUGAUUGAAGGUGGCACAAUAUUAAAAAUUCCCUUCUGUUCCCUAUCUAAAUCACUUUGAAGCUAAUGAUUGUUUCAGCUGCUCUUAGGCAUUCUCAUGUAAAAUGUCAGAGACAGCAACCUGACUCUCAGAAUAACAAAAGGUACUUCCAAGAUAACCAAUGACCAGCUUCCAAAAAUAUCUUUCUGUGUGUAAGUUGUCUCUGAGUGAUGCCAAAAGAGGGAGAAAUCUGGAUUCAGGAUGUGUAUCUUGAUGUGCAUUAACAACAACCAAGCACUGCUUAGAAAAUGAUGACAAGCCUGAGCCCCAAAGUUUAUUUUGAGGGGGAAUGAAUGAUAACUGGACUCAAAAGAAUGACAAAAAUCAAAUCUUUGUUCUGUGUUGGGACAUAGGACCUUGAAAGACUGAAACAUGAGAAAUUUUUUUAUCUUUCACACAUAUCCUAAUAUGCAUUCCCCUUUUACAUAUUGGAAAAUGAGCAAAAUGCAAACUUGUAUCACAUUUCAGUGUUUGGUAUUUAGUCUGCAUCAUACUUAGAUGCCAAAUGGGAAAAAUAAAUAGACAAAAAUUUCCAACUUUUAAGAAGUUGAAAAAAAUUACAGAAAUUAUUGUUACAUCUCCCAUUUCAAGCUCCCUCAGCUCUCAUUAAUACAGACUCUUAGAUCAUUCAAGUAAUCCACCAAACUAACAUGAAAACACACACUAUGGGCUAACUGCCACUUUAGGUUCCUUUGCAAACCCAUAGACUGAAACUAUAAUUGAGUGACUAACAACCAUUUCCAACAUCCAUUACAUACUCCUGUCAAUUCAAAGUAAUAUGCAUUACAGAAAGAGACAAAGUCGCAUGAAUAGAGUUGUACCAGGAACAUCUUGGUCAAUGUUAUUUUCUGAUCUAUUUUUCUUGGAACUUUCUGUUGUCCAAGAUCUUGUAUACAUCCAUUGAGUAUUGAGGUACUGACAUCUCGCACAAUGUAUCUCAGUCCAUAUCAGUUCAGUUCUGUUUAUGUGCUGGUUAACUAAAAUGCCCACAAUUCAGUACAAUUUGAUUCAUAGCAUGCACUGUGCAGGUGGAGGGAGUUUGUCUUUUGCUGGUGUACAAGCUAUUUUACAGAAACAAAAUAUGACCUGGGAACAUCGUUAUAAUACAUGGAUUCAGACAUGUGUUGUAGUGAUAUAGGUUGAAGUGACUGUGUAUCUUAGGAUUUUCUUGCUCUCAGAUCUCUUAUGCGUGAUGAUCUUCUCAAGGGAGUAGGUGGGAUAUCACUUUUUGUUUUUCCUGCUGAUCCAUUGCUGCUGCCAUAGACUAACUC